AUCACUAGUAUCCAUGCCUACCCCGAGUGCUUUUUCGCGAAUUAAUUUACGACUUAUCGCGAUUAAUGGAUUUUCACGGCGGAGCGAUACAAAAAUACGUCUGAAGUCGUUGACGGUUGACGGUUUGACGCGCAGAGAUUGAAGCAGGAAAAAACAUGCUGCGGCAAAUCCAUGACGAAAUAAACAAGAUCGUUCACGUCGGCCAAUCCAAUGACGUCAUCAACGAAGACAACGACGCAGUUAACAGCGACAACGAUAACAGUGCUACAGUUAACAGCGCCACAGUCAAUAGCACCGCUUGCGUUAACAGCACCAAUGUUAAUAGCACCCCUGACGUCAGUGAUGGAAAAGACGACAACUCAGACGGUGUUGCAAAACGUCAAGACACAAAUGUUAGACGUUAGCAAAGGAAGUGGCUAUGGAAUAAGAUGGGACACAGUGUGCCAAAAACUGGGUCAUACAGAUGGAGAAAAUUGCCCAUAUAUACAAUCUGGACAAAAUUACCAAACGAAUGCUGCUGAUUGCCAAGCUCAAAGGAAACGCUCAGCGCUGGCUCCAUGCAGAUUCCUCGCGCAUCUUGGAAUCAGCUGAUUACCUGUGCGAGCCAUUGAUCGUGGCAUUCGGGACAACCAUCACCAAAGGAGAACUCAGAGACAGGUUCCAUAAGCGCCAAUGGCUGUAUGGAGAAAAUUUUUCCACAUACUUCGAGGAGAAAAUGAUAUUGGCUAGGAACAUCAACAUAGACACAGAAGAAUUGAAAGAGAAGAUAAUCGAGGGAAUUCCAGCUUCGGGCUUGCGAGAUCAGGCUCGCAUUCAGUGAUUCUCCGAUCCGAAGCAAAUUUUGCAUGCUUUCUCGGAGAUUCGCCUUCCGAAGCGUAUGCAGCAUGCCACAUCAUCACGGGGCCUGGAAAAGUUUUCGGCGACCAAAGAACUACGUUGCGCCAACUGCAACUCGCGAGGUCAUUUCGCCAAGGACUGCCUUAAACCAAAAAGGGAGCCUGGAUCCUGCUACGCCUGUGGAGCAUUUGGACAUCUGGUCGGACAAUGCCCAGAGAGAAAGAGCGUAACAUACAACAACUAUCGUGCCUCAUAGACUCUGGCAGCCCCAUAUCGUUCAUCAAGAAAAGUUUAAUUACUAGAGAAAUUAGUUUGGAAACAGUUUUGGAAUCAUAUUUUGGGCUAAAUAAAAGCCAAUUGAAAACAUUUGGAAAAAUUGUAUGUUAUGUUUUGAAAGGUAGAAUAUAAUUUUACUUUUAUUUGAACGUAGUAUCGAACGAAUCUAUGAGUCAUGGUGUGGUUCUUGGCAGAAAUUUUAUGAAUGCAUGCGAGUUAAACUUGGACUUAAGUACUUUAAAUAUGGUUACAUUAGACGCUGUAAAUUCGAAAGCCAGUGAUAAUUUGAGGACAAAUUC